CCCGCCUCUUUAAAUUAUAGCUUGCACUGAUUUUCUGCAUUCUAGGGUUUUCUCUUCUUUUAACUUAAAAAGGGAGCGGUUCUCGUCUCUAUCUUCUCCGUCGACCGCUCCUGUCCAUUUUUCUCCUCACCUUCCUUCUCAUUUCAUGCAAUCUCAUGCUCGCAUUACACCACUGAGAACAUCUCUUUCUAUCUUCACUAUCACAACAUAUCCCCAAGCCUUUUUCUAGAGAAAAUUUUAAAAAAAUCCACAAGUAUUUCCCUCCCGACAAACACCCAAGUAAGUUUCACGAUUAUCCAAUGCAACUCUCUGUCCGCACCGAAACCAAUUCAAAUGCCAUCCAAAACCUCGAAGACCCUGGAUCCCCAAAAUCUACUUUGGCAGAGGCUAAUUCUUCCUCCGCAACUGCAGCUUUGGUGGCGGCGGAUGAUGAGGACAACAAUAAAACGGAUGAUAAUCUAGCUGACGAAUUGGUUCUCGAUGUUAGAGGGAAAACCCUGGAAUUUGAUUUAUUAGAGAAGGUCGACGAUUCCGUGGAGGGGUUGUAUUUGUACAAGAACGCAUUUAGUUUGGUUCCGAGAUCUGUGGGAAGGCUGGGGAAAUUGAGAACGUUGAAGUUCUUUGGUAAUGAGUUGAAUUUGUUUCCACUGGAAUUUGGAAAUUUAGUGGGAUUGGAGCGCUUGCAAGUAAAAGUUUCAUCGCCGGAGCUGAAUGGGUUAAGCUUGAAUAAGUUGAGAGGGUUGAAGGAGCUUGAGCUGUCAAAAGCUCCCCCGAGACCCUCCGUUUUCACGAUUUUGAGCGAGAUUGCUGGGCUGAAGUGCUUGACCAAGCUUUCUGUUUGUCAUUUCUCCAUAAGAUACCUUCCUCCAGAAAUUGGAUGCUUAAAUGGCCUGGAGUAUUUGGACCUUUCAUUCAACAAAAUAAAGACUUUGCCUAUUGAAAUUAGUAAUUUAAAUGCAUUGAUAUCAUUGAUAGUUGCAAAUAAUAAAUUGGUUGAACUGCCCUCUCGGUUGUCCUUAUUGCAAAGAUUGGAGAACUUGGACCUGUCAAGUAAUAGGUUGACGUCAUUGGGGUCUCUUCAGCUGGACUUAAUGCAUAACCUUCAGAAUUUAAAUCUUCAGUACAACAAGCUUCUCAGUUGUUCUCAAAUACCAGCAUGGAUAUGUUGCAAUUUGGAAGGGAAUGGCAAGGAUUUGUCUAAUGAUGAUUUCAUCAGUUCUUCAGUUGAAAUGGAUGUAUAUGAAACCUCCAUUCAAUCUGAUGAUAGAACCUUUAAGUGUAAUGGUUCUGUUAAUCCUACAUCAAGCAUAUUAACUGGAUCUUUGUCGAGCAGCAGAUGCUUUGCAACUAGGAGAUCAUGUAAGCGGUGGAGACGUCGGCAUUUUUUGCAACAAAGAGCUCGUCAGGGACGUUUGAACAACAGCAGGAAAUGGAAGGGUGAUUCGUGUGCUGAACUAUUGACUCAAAAGGAAAGUGAUAAUUGCAAUCCAAAUAACCUGAAUUUGCUGCCUUCUGAAAAUUGUGAAGAAGGUACCUCAGAUGUCAUAGGUCUGGAUGAUGACAAUGAAGAUAAAGUGGUAAAUUCUGGUGAAAUUGAAGCUGCAAAUUCACAUCUUAGUGGUGAUAGUGAUAGAAUCUGUUCUAAAAGGGGGUUUCACAUUGAAAAUUGCUCAAGUGACCUUAAAACCAUAGGUAAAGGUGGGGAAGAUGAAUCUUGCGUGCAUGAAAAUUCUUUAUCCUUGACACGGAAUGGGGCUGGUGGGGAAGAUGAGGGGUCAUCUUCAGAAAAGCCCAACUUCAAUUUCAAGUCAAAGAGGCAUUCUGAUAGGGAUCUUGAUAAUCCAAAACCAUGCAAGUGUCAAAGACCAACAGGAGAUGGGGCAUGUUUAUCCCGCAAGUAUAGUAACUUAUCAUUUUGUAGCAUUGAGGACCAUAUCCCAGAUGGCUUUUAUGAUGCGGGACGUGACCGGCCUUUCAUGUCACUAGGGAGCUAUGAACAAAUUUUGCAUCUUGAUUCUCGCGAGGUCAUUCUUCUGGACAGGGAGAAGGAUGAAAAGUUAGAUGCAACAGUUCUAUCUGCCCAAGCUUUGGUCUGCCGCUUGAAGAGAUUAAAUGGUUUUGUCAAGGAGAGGAAUAAGGUUGCUGUUGAUAACUUGCAGAUUGCAUCACUGCUUGCACUUUUUGUGUCUGAUCAUUUUGGAGGCAGUGACAGAACUUCUACUGUUGAAAGGACACGAAAAGAUGUGUCUGGUUCAAACUAUAGGAAACCAUUUGUUUGCACGUGUUCAACUGGAAACAAUGACGAUAUGAAUGCAACAACAAAACAUAUUCUGGGCAUUUCAGAAGAUAUUAUUUUCUCUGAUCUCUGUGAGAAAUCUUUACAUUCUGUUAAAGCAAGAAGAAAUUCCAUUGUUGUACCUCUAGGGAAUUUGCAGUUUGGUGUUUGUAGGCACAGAGCCUUGCUAAUGAAGUAUCUAUGUGACCGAAUGGAGCCACCAGUACCCUGUGAACUUGUUAGAGGUUAUCUGGACUUUGUGCCGCAUGCCUGGAAUACCAUUCUCAUAAAGAAGGGGGAUUCAUGGGUCCGCAUGUUGGUGGAUGCAUGCCGUCCUCUUGACAUAAGGGAAGAGACUGAUCCAGAGUAUAUUUGCAGGUACAUUCCACUCAGUCGGAUUAAAAUUUCUCUUUCAACUGAGGACAAGCCUGGACCUGGUUGUUCCAUAACUUCUUUCUCCACGUGCGAUGAGUUAGAAAAAACAGCUUCUAGUACCAUCAUUGAAUGCAAGCUUGGAUCAGUUGAAGCUGCAGCAAAGGUGCGAUCUUUAGAGAUAUGUGGGACUUCAGCAGAUGAAAUUAGGAGUUUUGAGUACAACUGCAUCGGGGAAGUAAGAAUUUUAGGUGCCUUGAAACAUCCCUGCAUAGUUGAAUUGUAUGGACACCAGAUAUCUUCGAAGUGGGUUCAGUCAGAAGAUGGGAAACCAGAGCGCCAGAUAUUACGGUCUGUGAUUCUUAUGGAGCAUGUUAAAGGGGGAUCUUUAAAGAGUUACGUAGAGAAGAUGUCAAAAGCUGGUGAGAAGCAUGUACCAGUUGAUUUAGCAUUGUGUAUUGCUCGAGAUGUUGCAUGUGCAUUGGCAGAGCUGCACUCGAAACACAUAAUUCAUCGUGAUGUGAAAAGUGAAAAUAUUCUGAUUGAUCUGGACAGUACAAGAGCUGAUGCAAUGCCUCUGGUGAAGCUCUGCGAUUUUGAUAGAGCGGUACCUCUCAGGUCAUUCUUGCAUACAUGUUGUAUUGCUCAUAAAGGAAUACCGCCACCUGAUGUUUGUGUUGGAACACCUCGCUGGAUGGCUCCAGAGGUUCUGCAUGCAAUGCAUAAACGUAACUUAUAUGGUCUGGAAGUGGAUAUUUGGUCAUAUGGAUGCCUGCUUUUGGAAUUAUUGACUCUGCGAGUUCCAUAUUCUGGCUUAUCUGAAUUCCACAUCAAUGACCUCCUUCAGAUGGGGAAACGACCACCACUAACUGAUGAACUGGAGACAUUAGUAUCAAUGAACGAGUCCGGAGGCACUCACUCUGACUCAGAUGUGGCAGGACCUGAGGCUGAUUUGGAAAAACUGAAAUUCCUUGUUGAUUUGUUCCUUCGAUGCACAGAAGGAAAUCCAUCUAACCGGCCAGCAGCAACUGAAAUCUAUGAAUUGUUGAUGGUGCAUACAAAUACUUGAAGGAGCUAGCUGCAUGUGUAAUUAACCUUUAGGCGUCGUCAUUCUUGUGCAUUUGUAAGUUGACCUAUUUAAAUUUCUAAAUUCCCCAAAUUUUAUUUGUUUUGAAGCUGUGGAUAAUGAUCGUGCGUAAUUAUUUGGUUAUAUGAUAAUUGUAGUCGAGGAUAUUUUAUUUAGGGGAGUUCCUGAUAUCUUUCCCCUCUCUCUAUACAUUAGUCUUUAUCUUUUUUGUAUAUAAAAUUCCAACAUAGAAGUGAAUUAAUUUUUCGUAUAUGGCUGCUGGACCAUAUAAAAGCUAUAUAUAUAUAUAUAUAUAUUUUGUUGUUGGUGGGUGGGGGACGAUGAGAGGAACAGAAUACUGAAGGUUAAGUGGAAGCAGUUGACAAAAUUGGAAGGGGCUGAAACCGUGUCGGCUGGAAUGAACGGCUGAGAGAGGCCGAAGUAUCACCUUUAUUUUUGUCUGUUUUGACGAGGACAAAUAUUUAUUAAGAGGCGGGGGAAGCAACGGGAGGGUCACGCGUGCAUUCGACCUCUGCAAAUUUGCUAUGCUGGUUCCAUCUGAGUCGGGGGCCAUGGCUCUUGAGCAGCGAAGUUGUUUACCUAUUCGCAUCCCCCAAGCCACACGGGCGAUUAUAACUGCUACAGACUGUCCUUAUCUAGAAAAGCAAAACCUUUAGGCAUUUCUAAUUUAUCAUUUGAAAUUAUAAUUUUUACUUGAAUACAUGGAGGCUAAAUGACUUCUAUGAUAUAAAUUUAUAUUUUUGUUUA